AGGGGAUGCGUGCGACGGAUCUAUUAGACUAAAAUUUAGCCAACUUCAAGUGCUUAUAAGCGUGCUUCUCCCCAGUGCUUCCCCCGCAGACGGUUUUUGUUCACGCCUCGGCCCUCAAGUCUUAGAGCUGGUUCUCUAGUGAGCACAAGAAAAGAUCUCAUCUCGACAAACAUCAUCUAGCCUACCUCAGAAUACUUCUUUGCCGACUCAUUGUUGAUAAUCAUGCAUGUCUCGUGGUCGUUCCUCCUGCUCCUAGACUCCUUGUCACUGUCGAUAAACUGCGGCGCUUCGCCGCUACCGGACUCCCCCAAGCCAAGUUUGGAAAUGAGAACCUGGGGUAGAAGAGAUGAGCCGCGAAGAGUUCAUCUCGGGUAUAGAUACGUAAACAAGGAAAGUGUUUUGGAUUAUGCGCGCGCAGGGAGGGAGCUAGAAGAGGCAGCCGGAAAUGUCAUAAAGGCAAAUGCUCCUGAAGGAAAAGAGGCAGACUGGGUGAUAGAAGGAACUCUGACAGAAAUAAAGGCCUCCGCGGUAAUACUAGGGGAGGGUGCAUAUCUAACACCUGUAUUGGGUGGAUGGAAGGGGGACUUUGUGUGUGAGGUCUGGGCAGAUUUAGAAAAGUUCAAAGAAACACCAAAUGAGUAUUUGACUGAUGAUAUGAUGGAGAGGUAUUCAGGUCUAGAGGAGGAGUUGGGCAAAAUGCUGUCAAAAAAGCAGAAGAAAAUGGACAGGACUAUUCUUGCUGCGCGACUUAUAGGGGGAUUUCGUUAUGCUAUGCGAAUCCCUCUGUAUUAUCUGAAGCCCUCUCCUCUGACUGGUCGACGAGGGCGUAAGGGUGAUCUUGGAAUUACUGUUCGUUGUGUUUCACAAAAAAACACCCAAGCUCUGUCUAUUCAAAGUCCAGCUGACUGGGGGCAAUGGUGGCCCGAGCUGAAUCCUAGAAAUCUAUACUGGAGGACAAUUUAUCGAUACGUAUGAGUUUUAUGUAGGUACUUAUUGAAUAUCAAGAAGUAAAGUUUAUCAUCGUCUUUUGAUAUUUGUAAAUGAUGGAAAUUUCUUCAAUGGGAGUCUCAGGAGUGUGCAAAUAAGGUUCAAAGGGGUCAAA